UACAGAUUGGAAACAAAAUUGUGAUCCUGCAGCGCGGUUGAUGAAUCUAAAUCAUUGAAGAUAAGUUUCACCAGCACGACUGCUCUCAUCGUCGUGAGUUAUCAAAAUCAAAAACUCUCAUUGAGUGGACGGGGAAAAAUGAAAUUUCUGUCUCGUUGAUUGCCUGAUCUGUCUACCGAGAUUGAGCGAAGCAUAGACGAGGUAAAAAAUAAUAUCUACUCGGUGAAAAAAUCUGAAUUGUGAAAAUCGAAUUUUCGAAUAGAUCUCAAAGUUUCGAUGUUGAUGUAUUUGCCAGGGCAAUAAUCCUGUCGUGUCUUUUUAGACCCCACAACUUUGCUCCUCGUAUUUGAUUUUUAUGGCGACAAGUACUACUUUUUUCCAAAGGUUGACUGAUUGCUAACGCUUAAUCUUGACGCUUGAACUUGUGAUUUUUUGAAGAGCCAACAGGUUUUAUAUGCGUCUUGAGAUGUAUUAUCAUCAUAAUUGUAGCUACGGGAAGUGAAGAGUUUAGAAGAAGCAAGCAUAUUUAUUAAGUAAUAAAAGAAGUGGUUCUUGUAUCUAUUGCAUAAGUUCUCUCUGGUUCCCUGUGUAGUUGUAAAUAGGAAAAGGACAUGAACGGCGUCGGCCGGACGAAACAGGAGCAGGUCUUGUUAUUCGCGUAGCCUUCAUAGCACGUCUCGAGACCAGCGGGAACGAAAAGAGAGUACAAGUUAAUACUUACGCAGCGUCAUCUUUCUCAGACUUUCGUCGCUUUUAGAUUAUCUCCGCACUUCACGCAGCAACCCGAAUUGUCAAAAUGGGUGGCUCCGCAGUGUUAACCGAGGCCGAACUCGCGGACCUCAAGGAGCUUAAAGCCAGGUACAAAACCAGCAAGGACUCCUUGAGCAAAGAGGAGAAAAAUCGGCUCAAGGAACUCAGAGAUAGAAAGACGCACGAUAAAGACGCGAAAACAGAGGCAAAAGUAGAAGAGAGAGUAGCAGCUGCUCAAGAAGAGAUUGCGGCGAAGAAGAGGAAAAGUACUAAUGAUCAUAGAUGUGUCGUAUGUGCUGUAGGUGAUGAUAAUGUAAUUUUGUUGUACAAGCUGGUGAGGCUUCUAGGUAAAGAUCAACACGAGAAUUCAUUGUAGAGAGGACCUUAAAGUAGACUCGUCUAAUACAUUUUCAUUUUUCUAAGACAAUAUCACAGGCGAAUCGGAUACCAAGCGGAAUGCUUCUACUGCCGGACUAAAAAAACCAAGAGAAUUAGUGGUCACGGAAGAGCAGAUCGAGCCAGUAAAUGAGUGGUGGAAGCAUGUGGAUGACGACAGCCUGUUGCAAAAGGACGCCAUUAGAUGGCAGAGCUUGGAACAUCAUGGUAUUUCUGAAGAACAAUAGGCAUUAGUGAACCACUGGCAUUAAUGAACCCACGCUUAUAUUAUUCCCACUCAUUAUUGUGAAGAUUGAUAGGUAGUAGUAGAAGAUGGUAGUAAACGAGUAAGUGUGGAACAAAUACUAGGGUUAGUCUCGUAAACAAGUUUUGAUAGUGGGUGAUUAUUUGAACAUCUACUUAAUUCCAAGAAGGACUCAAUCGAAAUCGAGCCACCCACGACUCCACAGGUAUUCUCUUCCCAGCGCCGUACCAGCCACACAAAGUGCCUCUCCUUUACGGCAAAAGCAAGGAGCCGCUCGUCCUCCCACCUGUCGUAGAAGAGUUAGCCACCUACUGGUGCGCCAACAUCGGGUUAGAAGCCGAGAAGAAGGACCUGUUCAUCAACAACUUCUGGGGUGAGUUCUCUGACGCCAUCAAGGCCAGUGGCGAUAAGAAGCUCAUUUCGAAGGUGAAGAUGUUUCGAGAAUGCGACUUUUCGAAGAUACACGAGAAGCUCAUAGCAGAGCGAGAGGCGAAGAAGCAUCAGUCAAAGGAAUACAAGGAAAGAGAAAAGGAAAUGCGAUUGAAACAGGAAGAGAAGUACGAAAAAAACUUAUAAGAUUUUUUCGGAUCUUUCUUUCUUCUCGUAGACGGAUACGGGAUUUUUAUCAACGGACUCUAUCACUAUCUUAGAUUUAAGAAAUCUCCAAAUACACGUGUUUAAGUAACAAGAUUGAUGAAAUCUCCAACAUUAAUACUAGUCAACCCCAGGAACUUCCCCACUUACUCAACAACGGAGGUUCCGCUACUGUCUCAUCGACGGAUUCAGAGAAAAAGUUGGCAAUAUUAGGGUGGAGCCACCAGGCCUUUUCAAGGGUCGGGGCGAACACCCAAAACAAGGCAAGCUCAAAGACAGGAUUAUGCCCGAAAACGUCACUAUGAACUGUGACAACUGUCUAGCCCCUCCGAUAUGCACCGUGCCAGGAAGAGCGUGGGAACAGGUACUUUUGCUUGUGAAUAAGUAUUUUCACCGCCAAAAUAAAUAAAGUUCUUCAGAAGAAAUGGAUUUACAUUUAUUUCUGUGAAGAUUUAUUAAAAUGGAUUUACUCCAUAGAAAUACUGACUUUGAAAAGUCCUAGGUAAAUCUCAUUGUUACAUCAUACGACGUAGGAGCAGUGCUACAACUGUAUAACAACGUUAUAAAAAUUGACACAGGUUGUGCACGAUGAUAGUGUCAACUGGCUGGGUUAUUACAAGCAGGAGACUGACGACAAGGAGAACAUCAAGUACAUCCAGAUGGACAAAACUUCGGAGAUCAAGUGUAGACCCGAUCUCAUGAAGUACGAACGAGCCAGGAGACUGUGCGACAUCGUUGGACCGAUCCGCAGGGAUUACCAGUUCAAGAUUACGCACGACGGCACCAGUGGUGGCGUGGACUCUUUGAUAAUGAAGAAGCAGUUGGGGACAGCAGCCUAUUUUAUCGACCGAUUAGCCUUGCGUGUGGGUGGCGAGAAAAACACCGAAGAGGAAGCCGAUACUGUCGGAUGCACGUCAUUGCGCGUAGAGCACGUGAAAUUGGAUUUUCUCGCAUUCAAGCAGAAUAAGCCAAAAAUCACCCUGGACUUCUUAGGGAAGGAUAGCAUUCGGUACUAUUUUCUUUAACAGUACUAGCUGCUUCUACUGUAAUAUUUUUCCACCUACUUCUAAUACCAAUUUGAACACUAACCCUAACUAGCCCUAACUCAAGCAAACUAGCCCUAAGCCAACCAAGCUUUCCCCUAAGCCAACCAAGCUUUCCCCUAAGGGAACCAAGCUCAUCUUGAACCCAAACUUCUCCCAAUCUGAAACUCCUCUUAACAUCAAAUCCUCCUCUUAACAAAGGUAUCUGAACGAAGUCCCAGUCCCGCCAUCUGUCUUCAAAAACUUGGCGCUGUUCAUGAAAAACAAGAAGCCGAACGACCAAUUGUUUGACAGAAUUCAGCCUUCGGACGUCAACACCUACUUGCAGGAAUUUAUGCCGGAUCUGACGGCUAAGGUAUUUUAGAUCGUUAUUGGGGCCUGAAAAUGAAGUUGGGUAAGAAGCUUUUCCCCCUUGAUGCUAAGCGAGUUAGUGAUUGAAAUAUUCAAGGCACGUAGCUUUUAAAGGCUACUCUUUGUUCUUCCGAAGUAUCUCGGUUAUUCUAAGUUGUUACUCGCUUAUUUUAGUUUAUCGAAUACUUACAUCGUUCCUUAUGUCCUUGUCCAUCAGACUCUCCUGUUGUUGUAGCUAUUGCAUCCCACUACUCCACCUAUUUUCUUUCCUCAUGAUCUCCACUCAACAACGCAAAACUAGCCACUUAUAUUACUGAGUUCGCCUCAACGCUUGUUCAAUUUCACAGGUGUUCCGUACCUACAACGCUUCGUUUACGUUGGAGCAGCAGUUGGCCAAGUUCAAUAUGGAAGACCUUCCUAGCAUGUCCCAAGUCGAUCUAGCCGAAUUCUACAAUGAAGCGAACAAGAAAGUCGCCAUCCUGUGUAACCAUCAGAAAGCAGUAUCUAAGGGCCACGAGGAGGGCGUGGAGAAGCUCAAGGAUCGAUUUGAAGCUUCGAAGGAGAGAAUACAUACGUUGAAGCAGCACUUGCAUCUUUAUGGAAUUUGGGUUUUCUUUAUUUUUCAAAGUAGUUGAAAAACUGAAAUAGCCGAGUUACUGACUGAACAAAUAAGGGGCGUAGCUUAACACCAAGACUACUCUUCCUUCUCAUCAGUAUCUCGGUUACUCUCGUCUGUUACUCGCUUAUUUCAGUUUUUCGAGUAGUUGAGGAAUUUGCUAUUCUUUCUGGAAAAAAGACUUUAGAAGCAAUCCCAACCAAAUAGAUCAGCUUCGAUCUGCAGAAUUAGCUCGGGUUGCUUAAUCAGGGAUCAAUGCUUUUACAACCUUCCAUAGUGGAGUUACAUAGUAGUUUUUGGCUAUCAUUCUACUGGCAAGGUCUAAUCCUCUCAUCAUCAUCCCUCUACAACCUCCCACCUUUUCCAUCCUCCCACCUUCCUCAUCCUCUAAUUUCCCCAAGAAAAGGGCCAAGACGGCGUCCAAUACGACGAGAACGCCCCAGCCACCUUCAAGCUGCCUAAGAAUAAGACAGCAACCGCCAAGGCGAUCGCGUCGGAGAUAGACAGGAACGCCAAGCUCCUCUCCGAGAUGAACACUAAGGAGAGCAACAAGAAUGUCUCCUUGACAACGUCGAAGAUCAACUACAUGGACCCAAGGAUUACGAUUGCGUUUUGCAAGAGGACAAAGCUGGACAUCAGCAAAGUCUUUUCGAAGACGAUCCAACAGAAGUUCCCGUGGGCUAUGGAUGUGGUGGAUAAUUACAGGUACUUACUAUUAACUUAUACUUACUUUAUUUACCCGCUUAUUAUAGGAGAGUAAGAUCCCGCAAAAAAUGUCCAGUAGGAGAAAAAUUCCCUUCACCAAUUCAUCUUCUCUUACUCUUUCCCAACUCCCAAUCAGCUUCGUGAAGGCAGCCAAUGGAGGGGCGAAGAGACCAGCAGCGCAAAACGGUGCUGCUCCAGAUGCCAAGAGACAAAAAGUGUAAAAAGGUCGCUGUAGGGAUAUUUUUUUAUGGUCUUCCACUCCAAAAGAUCGAUAAGAAGAUCCUAACGAAGUCUUCUUCGAUUUGAAAGAAGAACUCUUGUCCUGUUCGUUGUCUUGAUGGAAUAACGACCUUUAGAUUUGAAGCGAAAUACACGAAAUCACAACUCGAUCAUUCUUAAGCGAAAUAGCGAAACCGAAAUCGCGAAACCGAAAUCAUCAUAUGCGAAAGUGAAAGCGAAAUUAUUCUUAGGUGAAAGCGAAAUACCUCUCGGUAAAGAAAAGAAAGUAGAGACCGCACUCGCGGUGAAGCGACCGCAGCAAGCGCAACACUAGAUGUAAUUGUCCUAAGAUCAUGGGUAAUUCUUGUACUAAGAUCAACAUGGGCACCCCCUGUUGUAUGUUCCCCAGACAUAUUAUGAAUAGUAUCUAUUAUAUCCCAGUUUUAUUGCGCUCAUGGUCCCAACACCGAAAUUCAAACAUGUUGAUUUAUUUUUUUAAUUCACUACAUCGCGACAACGUCCUUCUAUUAAGGAUCAUGAUGUUGGUACUGUAUGUAACGGUGCAUGAUAUGCUGAAGCUGAUGUAGGUAAAAAAUUGUUAGAUUACCAUGAUCCUAUCAUGUUGUACAACUCACAUGGUGCUGCUACUAGUAUGUUGUGGCAGGAGACUCGGCGUACCGCGAGUCGCGAUGUACAGACGCAGAUAACUGCUCUACUUGUUCUGAUGUCAGUUCUGUGAUAUUAGAUGGUAGAGACUUGCAGUUGCUGCAUGCUUUGACGCUAACCGAGUUUGUUCAUUAUGCUUACUUUCAUACUCACAAUGGAUCAUCAUGCUGAAGAUUUUUAUGCUUGUUGCUAGUCUCAAUUUUUGGACGACGCUGCGUGAAAGUACUCAUUUGAUAAUGUUUUGUGCAUGUUAAACUUGAUCUGUUAAGCGCUACAUGUGCAUCCAUCUAAAAGUAUGGUCGUGUUUCGAGAUGUAGAAAUGAAAAAAUCAUGUUGGAACGUCAAGGUCACACUAUAUCCUAAAAAUGGCGAAUCGAAA